AUGGUUGUUGUUGUCUUGAGCUGCAUUCCCAUAAUCUGCUUCCAUUCUCCACUUCUCGGAGCUCCUCACAUGGCUUCGGUUAUAGAGUUUCUGUUCUGGUUACCUGUGUUCAAAAGCUUGUCUUCUUUGUUAGAACUCUGCAAGGAGACGGAAGAUUUCAUCAGCCAGGGCAAAAGCACUUGGACAUAUUGUGCAAUCCUACUAGAGAACAAACCAUAUCCCGAUGUGGGAAGAUGUAAGAAACAGCCACCGGGCACGACAUGGGAAGAGGCAAAUUCUGGAACUCAGUUUAGUUAUCACUCUCUUCCUUCCAAGUCUUCUUCUAAGCCAAAUAUCGUCAGAGCUUCAAAGGGAUUCGAUGAUAAAACCCUUGAUCAUGGGGGUUUAGGGGAUUCCAAAGAGUAUGUUAAUGAAUUCGAUGCUUCGAAAUCCUUGUCCGAAACCAGGGGUAAAUCCAGAAACGUGGUUAUUCCCGCCAUUGAGAACGAAUGGAGGCCUUUGAUGAGAAUGAAGAAUCUCGAAUCUCCGCUUGGUCAAUCGGACGAGUCUGGUCUCAAGUUCGAGACCGCCUCUGGAUUAGAUGCGCCCGAUGAUUCCAAGAUGUCGUACGGUCUCAAUGUCAGGCAGUCCGUCGACGAUGUGAAGAGUGCCGAUGAGUCGAAAUCUGCGGAGGAGCCGCCGCGGCCUGCUCCUUUGGAGGUUAUUAUGUUGGAGAAAUUUAAAGCUGACCUGAAGAGGCUGCCUGAGGAUAGAGGCUUUGAGGAUUUUGAGGACGUUCCUGUGGAAAGUUUUGGUUCCGCUUUGAUGGAAAGCUAUGGCUGGCAGAAGGGUCGGGGAAUUGGGAGAAAUGCCCGGGAGGAUGUUAAAGUUAAGGAAUUUAAUCUAAGAACAGACAAGCAAGGGCUAGGAUUUGUUGGCGACAUGCCUGCUAGCCUUCCAAACAAGGAGGAAGAGAAAGAUAACGGGAGAGCGCGUGGGAGAAACAGAGAUGGAGCUAGAGUUAAGGAAAACAGAGAUCGAGAAAGCAAUGGAUUGGCUAUUGGGAAGCAUGUUAGGAUUGUUGGUGGAAGAGAUGCAGGUUCGAAAGGUAAAAUUGUAGAGAAAUUGGAUCUCAAAUGGCUUGUCCUUAAGCUUUCUAACAGAGACGAAGUUAAAGUACAUGCAACUGAUGUUGCUGAAUUGGGUUCCAAAGAAGAGGAAAGGUUCCUGAAGAAAUUGGAGGAAAUGAAAGUUCAGGACGAAAUCAAAGGCUAGAGACGGAGAGAAGUUGAACGAGUAGAGGAAAAGCGUGAAAAUGGUCAAAGGGAUGAAGAGAAGAGGACUAGAUUGUGUUGGCUUACCAGUCACAUUCGUGUAAGGAUCAUCAGCAAAGAUUUCAAGGGAGGAAAGUUUUAUCUCAAAAAAGGAGAGAUAGUUGACGUAGUUGGACCCACCAUUUGUGAUCUAUCCAUUGAUGAAAGUAGAGAGCUUGUUCAAGGGGUCUCUCAAGAGCUUCUUGAGACAGCACUUCCCAGACGUGGGGGACCCGUUCUUGUUCUGUAUGGUAAGCACAAGGGCGUUUAUGGGAGUUUAGUUGAGAGGGAUCUUGACAAAGAGACAGGGGUAGUGCGUGAUGCUGAUAGCCAUGAAUUAUGUAAUGUGCGUUUAGAACAGGUUGCUGAAUAUCUUGGUGACCCAACUUACUUGAGGUAUUGAUUCUUUGUAGCCAAGAUGACGCUGGACCUGUCUUAGUGCAUACUGUGUGUACACCAGAGUUUGGGAUAAAAACCAUGGUGACACGUAGCUGUGACGUUUUCUUAACAAGUCUCUUGCAUGAAUGAGGCGCCUAUGUGCUUAAGUGCGUGAUAAGUUGUCUUAGAGUGCUCAGUGCAUGGAGUGUACGCAGAAAACGCCUGCGUCUGUCAAAUGUAGUGGUGAUACUCAUUCUCUGUUACCCUCAGGAUGCUCCUGAAUACUGAACUUUGGUAAUUUUCAUUUUGUUGCUUUGCAAAUUAGCUUCUUUGCAGUACUACUACAUUCAUUUGAUGAAAGUGUCUGACAGUUUGCAUAUUGAGUAUUGAGUCGACGGAUAUAAUAGGUUCAGAAUUCUAGAUAAUUCUCUCUUUAUCAGUGGAUUGGUCGCCAUCUUCAUUUCUCGGUUUCGGUCGAUUUAAACAUCACAUUACCUUCAUUUCUCGGUCUCGGUCGAUUUAAACAUCUUUAUCAGUGGAUUGGUCGCCAUCUUCCUUUUGGGUAAUACUGCUAUUGCUUGGUGUAUGUAAGAAAAUAUGGCUAUCUCGGCUAGUGACUGGGUUCAUUGGCCACACCUUUCAUUUCAAAGCAUGAAGAACAGACUGUGAACUUGUGCCCUACCAAACAUGCAGGCGGUUGGGAGAUAUGCAUCUCUGAUUGAUAAGAAGAAAACCCUGAUUGAUUGUGAUAGCAUGAUCGUCAGAGACUGGAAAAUCCUGGAUAUGAAUAUGCUGAUUCAUGCAAUGAAUUGGGCUGUGAAGGGCUAUGGGAGAUAUCAGCCAUCUCGCCAGCCGGAGACACAGGGUCAAUGGAAAGAGUAACGAGCACAGAAGACUCGUCUCAAUUCCUCGAGUUUCUCCGGUGUCUGCGGUUUGGGUGUUCUGAUCAAUGGCGAAGUCCAAUAUGAGCUCUAUGAGCUCCAGCAAGGGUGACUACAAAAAAUUAUUUGAGAAUAGACUAGAGAUGUUCAUUUAACCCGUGUGAUGAGAGAUUAAAUGGAGAAGGAAGGAGUGAGUGAGGAGAGAUUAUUUUCUGUUAGCUAAAUGAAAUUAGAGUCGGAACUGGGGAUCUUGUGUUUCUCUAGGUUUCAAGAAUUUUAAGGAUCACACCUUUAACAACUCAAACCUACAGCUUGCAGAUAUUUUCUUCUUUGG